UUCUGGUUUUCCAAGAAAUUGACUGGUGUCCAGAUAACGGAAAUUUCUAACAUAGAAAAUAAAAAAGUAUAAUUUUUUUCUUAAGUUUUGGAGCAAAAUUUUGGAUGUACUUAUUUUUUUUCAAAGUGUUUGGUAGCACUCAUUCAAUCUAGCAAAUGGCAAAGAUAUAAUAUCUUUGCGGAUGGUUUGUGUCGAGUGUGGACCAAAAACAAGCACACAAGCACGGUCACAUGGACACGAUGCCCAGAAACCUUAGCACGUGGAGUUGGUCGACUAAAAUUGUUACACUUGUUAUGAGUAUUAAUUAAUAUUCACAUAAAAAUAAAUCGAAAUAAUGAAACAAGACGCUCACCGCCCUGGUGCGUUUAAGCAGGUUAACAAGUCUCAUAAAACUGGCAGACAUCGCAGUAAGGGUGCUAUAAAUAGUGAGGUUAAAGGUAAAGUGAAUGUAAAAACACUGUCAAAACGUAUAAAAAGUGAACUGGGAAAAGAGGCCAGACGGCAUCAAGCACAGCAAAUCCGCCAAAACAAGCGAGAUGAGGUUUUGCAGAAGAAACGUCAUUUUGGAAGUGCUGCCGCACCCCCAUCUUUGAUUGUUUUAAUUCCUCUACAGAAAGAUAUAAACAUUCAAGAUGUCUUAACGGUCCUAAAAAAUGCUGACGAAACUACAAGUAUUGCUCACAGUCCAUGCGGAGCCGUUCAUCUGAGUAUUCCGAGGUUUAAACAAAGAUUUUCCAUUAUUGUACCUCCGGUUGGUGAUAUACUUUCAACGCUGGAUGCUGCUAAAGUUGCGGACACAGUGUUGUUUCUAAUAUCCGCAAAAUCUAACAUUGACAGUGAGGCGGCGGAAGAAAUUAUUGACUCCUGGGGCGAAAAUAUUAUAUUGAGUGCUCGCGCUCAAGGAUUACCCACGACAAUAGUCGCUCUCACAGAUUUGGAUAAUCUUCCACAAAAGAAGCGGCAAAAGUAUAAACAACUCGUUGAGCAUAAGGUCUCCAAAUGGCUUCCAGAAGAGAAGAUUUCAGUUUUAGACAAAUCGGUGGACGCACUAAAUACUUUACGCCGAGCUGGAUCUCAAAAGCAAAGAACUGUAUUUUACCGAAGCAAAAGACCUUAUUUGCUAGCAGAAAAAUUAAAGUAUUCUCAAGAAGGAUCGGAGGGUCUUGGAACGUUAGAAGUGACUGGAUAUUUGAGAGGAAAGCCUUUGUCCGUGAAUGGUUUGGUCCAUUUGCCAGGGUUCGGAGAUUUUCAAAUGAGUCGUAUCGAUACUCCUGAUGAUCCUUAUCCCCUCGAAAAGGGAAAAAGGAAGACUCAAUUGAAUGGAGAGAAUGAGCCAAUGGACGGUGAAGUUGAAACGAAAAUUCUUCAGACUGCAGAUCCGAGUAAACAGGAAUCCCUUCAAGCAGAGAACAUGCCAGAUCCAAUGGAUGCUGAACAAACUUGGCCCACAGAGGAGGAACUGAAACAGGCGGAAGCUCAACAAAAGCGCAAGCUCGUAAAAGUUGUUCCCAAAGGAACUUCUGAGUAUCAAGCGGCUUGGAUUCCUGACGAAGAUGCUGAGGGCGUGGAUGAUGACUUGUCUGAAUCGGAGGACGAGAUUUCGGUUGAUGAGGGAAUGUCAGAACCUGAUAGUGAACAAGAAAAUGAUAAAGAGGAGUACGAAACGAUGACGAUGUCCGAGGCUGCGCACGACGAGCAACGAUACGACGAAGAGUUGGAUUUGAUGGAGGAAAGACAGGAACUUGAGAAAAUACAAAAGGCGAAGUUGGACGCGGAAUUCCCGGACGAAGUGGACACGCCACAAGAUAUGCUUGCAAAGCUUCGUUUCCAGAAAUACCGAGGUCUGGAAUCCUUCAGGACGACGCCCUGGGAUUCAAAAGAAAAUUUGCCGAUUGAUUACGCAAGGAUAUUUCAGUUCAAAAAUUUCGAUCGAACUCGAAAGAGGAUUUUGAGGGAUAGUGAAGAUGCUGAUGGAGCUCCGCCAGGUUGUUACGUUACGAUUCAUGUGAAGAACGUCAAUCUACAUCUGUUUCAAGCUCAUUGUAAUGCAAAAGACCGUCCACUGAUCAUUUUUGGCUUGCUACCACACGAGCAAAAAAUGUCGGUUUCGAACGUUAUCUUGAAACGCACAGGGGAUAAUUUAAAACCGAUUAAGUCCAAGGAGCGCUUAGUUUUCCAAUGCGGAUUCAGAAGGUUCGCGGCUUGUCCGAUUUUCAGUCAACACACCAAUGGAAACAAGCACAAGUAUGAAAGAUUCUUUCAACCGGAAAGUACAGUUGUGGCGAGUAUGUUUGCGCCAAUCACUUAUUCUCCUUGUCCUGUGUUGUGCUUUGUAGAAAAGGCAGGCGAUGAACUUGAACUAAUUGCAACUGGAAGCAUUUUAUCUGCAAAUCCAGAUAGACUUGUGAUAAAAAGAGUCGUAUUGAGUGGACAUCCAUUUAAAGUUCACAAACAUUCGGCAGUAAUUCGUUUCAUGUUCUUCAACCGCGAAGACAUAAGCUGGUUCAAACCUGUCCAGCUAACUACGAAAUAUGGACGGAGGGGGCACAUCAAAGAACCGCUAGGAACCCACGGCCACAUGAAGUGUCAAUUCGACGGCCAGCUCAAGUCACAGGACACUGUUUUGAUGAAGCUCUACAAGCGAGUCUUUCCCAAAUGGACUUACGAGACCUUUUUAUUGACGGGCUCAUCGCCCUCCAGUGGCGCCGUCGAUCAGGAGAUGGAGUGAACUUCAUUGAAGAUUAAAUUUUAAAACACAAAAAGCUCGGCUUGGUGAAAAAUGGAAUGAUUUUUUAUUUCCAGCAAAAGAAAAAAUCCUAUAAAUUAAAGUAUUAAGUUUAUUUCUUCUAUAACUUCAUAUACGCGCUGCCGAGCGUCUUUGUUCCUUUUUGUUUUCCGACGCAUCGGAACGAUUUCUUUUCUUUCCUUUUUUUUUGUUUUUGUUUUUACACAGAGUUCGCGUCUUAGAAAAUAAAGUACAAUAAAUAAAUCUACUGCGCA